GCUUAGUCGCCAUAGAAUUUUAUACCUAUUUGGAUAUCAGUAGCUAAACGUUAUUUUAGAAGGGUAGGUUGUAUAUUUUUUUAUUUAAAUUUUGCAACGGUAUUUAAGAACCGAAAAAAAGUUCUCAAAAUUACUUUCAUUAUGUCGUAUCGCCGUAGUCAAACAAUCUGUCGCUUCCAUUCGCUUGGAUCUUGUCGAUUCGGUAAUUUAUGCCGAUACUCGCACGAUGCGACACCAAAUGAGAUCCAGAGUCCGCAGAUAUCGGCACUCGCGGAUGAAGUCGUGGAGAAUGAUCUCCAGAAGAGAAGAGAAGUGGUGGCCACCACCAGCAGCUACAGUCGGCAGAUGACCUGGGCAAAUGCACCAGAGUUCGUGCCCAGGUACAAAGCUAAUCCUGCCGAGGUCCUAUCAACUGAAGGCGUCCAGGAUAUCUGUCCAUAUGGUGGCAGCUGUAUCUGGGGCAGUAAGUGCUCGUAUCCACUUCACAUGGAGAUUUGCAGGAUGUGCGACCUUUACUGCCUCCACCCGAGGGACCGGAACCAACGCCGUGAGCACAAUCGCGAGUGUCUGGAGCAGCACGAGCAGGCGAUGGAGCUAUCCUUUGCAAUAGCCAGAUCCAAGGACAAGACGUGCGGCAUUUGCUUCGAUACCGUCUUGGAGAAGAAGGGGCGUGAACGUCGCUUUGGCAUCCUGUCCAAGUGCAAGCACAUAUUCUGUUUGACGUGCAUUCGCACAUGGCGUAAGGCCCACAACUUCGAGCCCACUGUGACGCGUGGUUGCCCCGAAUGUCGCGUCUUCUCGGGUUUCGUGUGCCCUAGUGCCUACUGGGUGGAUACAAAGGAGGAUAAGGAAAAGUUGCUAAACGAAUAUCGAGCGGGGAUGGGCACCAAGGAUUGCAAGUAUUUCAACAGGGGCUCGGGCAAGUGUCCCUUUGGAAACAAGUGCUUCUACAGACACCGUCGUCGAUGUGACGUUAACCAGACAGAAUCAAAUGCCCCCAAUUCAGAUUGAUGGCUAGGGCAAUACUAUUGAUUUUAAUGAAAUACCACUCAUGGCGUUUGACCGAUCGACUGAAUUUCAAUUGGAUCAAUCCAUUUCUCAGUGACUCGUGCGAUAUGUUCAUUUCAAACAAAACAUAUGAGAACAAAGCCACUUCUUUAGACGGAUGAGGGGACACGGCUUAUAGACUUGGUCAUAUCCUUGCCAGAGACCGUAGUGUACAACACUGAGCUUAAUAUAACUUGGUUCAUCUACAUAUCGACCAAUUAAGUACAUUAUAUCCCAAUAUAGCCGAAUUCAAGCAAUUAGUACUAUAAGCUUAACAAAAUUGAACAAAUACUCCAGCACCAAAUUUUUGUUUACAUAAUUGUCUUUUCUGGACUUGAUGUUUAAAAAUUUUUCGUACUUUUA